CAGUGUGGUUCUUCCAAAAUGGCUGCCCCCAUGUAUUCUGGGGCGAAUUUGUUAUUCUUAGAAGUCUCAGGAGUUUUCUUUGGCUUGAGUAUAUAUAUUCUGACUGUCAUAAAUAAUGAACAACCAGAACCGUAUAUGGAUGAGAUAUUUCAUAUACCACAAGCUCAGUCAUAUUGCGAAGGCAACUUUACUAAGUGGGACCCAAUGAUCACAACUCUACCUGGUCUGUACCUGGUUUCUGUUGGCCUCUUGAAACCACUGGCAGUGUUGUUCAAGUUUCACAACUUGGAGUUUUGCACACCAUUUUGGCUUAGAUCUAUCAACGUACUAUUUGCUGUGGGAAACCUCUAUGUUAUUUGGUGUAUUCUUUGGAAACUCCAUUACCAGACUAGCAAGGAUUUCUCCACGAACAGAGCUCUGCUGGCAGCCAUUAAUCUCACGCUGUUCCCGGUGCUGUACUUCUUCACGUUCCUCUACUACACAGACGCCGGAUCCGUGUUCUUCGCCCUGCUGCUCUAUCUGCUCAGUCUCCAUGGCAACCACGCGGCGGCCGCUGCGGUCGGAGCGUGCGCGGUGGCGAUGCGGCAGACAAACAUUGUGUGGGCGGCGUUCGCAUGCGGCUGCGCCGUCACCGCACGGGUAACCGCUUACGCGCAGUGCGGGAGCACGAUGGAGCGCGACGACGGCAGGCAGCUGAGCGAGCGAGAGUAUGUCGAUCUGCUGCGCGCCGCGAUGCGCCGCGUCCUCGCCGACCCGAAGAGAGGCGUCGCGGGCAUCGCGCGGCAAGUCGCCGCCGUCGCGUGGCCAUACGCGAUCCUCGCUGCCGGCUUCGUCGCGUUUGUCGCGUACAACGGCUCGCUGGUCGUCGGCGACCGGUCGUCGCACCGAGCGAGCUUCCACGUCCCCCAGCUCUUCUACCUGUGCGCGUUCUCGACGGUCUUCGCAUUCCCCUUCACCGUCGGCCGCCGCACGGCUGCACACUUCGUGCGCUGCCUGCGGCGGCGACCGUGCCUCGCCCUCGGUCUUGCCGCGGCUAUGCUGCCGGCCGUGCACUGGCUCACGUACGUGCACCCGUACUUACUCGCCGACAACAGGCACUACCCAUUCUACGUGUGGCGUAAGGUGUUCGAGCGGCACGCGCUCGUCAGGUAUCUCCUGGUCGGCGCAUACGUGUUUGCGCUCUGGUCGUGCUACGUGCGGCUGUGCAGCAGAACACCGCCGUGGAAGCUCGUCUUCGCGGCGUGCUGCUCGCUGGCGACCGUUCCGCAGAGCCUGCUCGAGUUCCGCUACUUCAUCCUUCCCUACCUCAUGUUUCGCUUGCACAUGCGAACCUUCAGCCCAUGGAAGCUGUCCAUGGAGCUUGCAUUUUACGUGGCAGUCAAUGUCGCUACGCUACGGCUGUUUCUAGAGAAACCAUUCGCUUGGCCCGAUGUUAGCGUGAAACAGAGGUUUAUGUGGUAGUGCAAGUAUGAGGAAUUGCAUAUGUGCCCGAUCAAGAGACGUGGCACGAGUGAUGUAUUAUGGCGUAAUGACUAGACAAAUAAAUAGCUCAUCAGUUCCAGUCAAAUAGUUGAAUAGUGACUAAAAAUCAAUCUUAGGUGAACAAUUACUCGAUCAUGUAAUAGCGCCUUUUAUGGUUUAUAUCAGUGCCUUAUCAUUGAACCUUACCCACUCAAUAUUAUGCUCAUACUACUAAUUGUUUUCUGUAAUUAAUCAUGAAAAUAUCCCUUCAUUUUAUCCUGUAAAUAUUGGUGCUGGAUUUAUAUCGGUGAAGCUUUUAUUCUGACUGCUAAAACGUCUAUAGUAUCAGAAUACCUUUCUGCUACUACAGUUUAUAAAUAUGAAAGUAGCAAGUAUUAAAGAAUUAUGAUACAACUUA